AUGGUUUCCACCAAGGCUUUCGCUCUCGCCGCGAUCUUCGCUACCCUGACUGCCGCCGCCCCUUUCCAGAAGCGCGCCGUUGUCUAUGAGACAGUGACCGAGUACGACGUCACUACCAUCGACACUACCAUCACCGUCUACCCGGGCGAGGCUACACCUACUGGUGUUCCCUCCGUCUACACCACUGAGGUUGUCCAGACUGUUGCCGCUCCUACCGCCACGCCCGAGCCAACUGCCGCGCCCGCUCCUCCUCCUCCAGCUCCAGCUCCUCCAGCUCCUACUGCUGCUCCUGAGCCCGCCCCUGCUCCUGCUCCCGCUCCCGCUCCUGCUCCCGAGCCCGCCCCUGCUCCUGCUCCCGCUCCUGCUCCUGCUCCUGCUCCUGCUCCUGCUCCUGCUCCUGCUCCCGCUCCUGCUCCCGCUCCCGGCUCUAGUCAUUCCGGCACUGGUGACGCUACCUACUACGACACUGCCGUCUCUAUGAAUGCUCCCAGCUACUGUGGCACUGCUGAGGACGGUACCAUUGAGAACGUCGUUGCUCUCUCUCAACUCAUUAUGACCCAGGAGCUUUGCGGCGCCAUCGUCACUGUCAACCGCAACGGCAAGACCGCUGUAGGUAGAGUCGUUGACAAGUGCAUGGGCUGUGACGCCAAUUCCAUCGACUUGUCGCGUUCUAUGUUCUCCCAAAUUGCCGACAUGGAUGAAGGACGUGUCACCGUGUCGUGGUCCAUCUAA